UACUGGAAAACGCGAUCAAAGAGUUUUUCAAGCUCAUUGUUCAAAUCUUGAAGUAGUAAUAAAAUACAUUUUUCCUUUUAUUUCAAAGUAUAAAAAUACGGACAUUUUCUGUUAUUUCAACUAAUAUAAGUUACAACUAUGCAAAUUAAAAAACUGACAAGAUGUAAUUCAAUUACAUCCACGCGAGAAAGCUAAAAAAUGAGCCAACAGUGAACUACACAGUAACAUAUCACGAAAUAGACAAGAUUUUUAAAUUUGUCAAUACCCACGUAAGCAAAUUAAUAGUUUUCAAAGUUACGUUGCCACCAAUCGAUUUUCUCCGUGUCAAUGAACCAUUUGAUGACAAACCUACGAGUUUAUACAAGCAUCAACUUAUUUAACUCCCUGAAACACAAAGUGAGAAAGUCGAGCGUAUGCUCGCGAGAUUCGUUUGAUGAUCAAUAAUUAGUGCGUAUCACAAGUUCAUAAGUUUCAAGGAACUUGACAAGACCUUUGACUUUCGUGACGGAUAGCGCACCUUCAUUUUCGUUGACGUUAUUAUCAAGUGUAUUAUUGGUCUCUUCAAAGGCGUAUAAACGUUAACUUUAAUUCGGUAGAAUCGAUUACUGGAUGAGGCCGGAUAACUGUCGAUGCAUGAAGAAAGAAAACGAAGAAAUUCGACGAAUAGCCGCGUUGAUCUAUCCAAUCUUGGUCCAAAGAUAUAGUCGCAUGGCAUUUUUACAAGUCAGAGUUAACGUCCUAUGGGUAUCGGGGUAAAUUACGGCGUAUAGACAGUUGACGGUAGAGGGGGCCGAAAAUAUCGUGCCGAGGAGCUAUCACAAUCGAAGUGUCGUCUCGCUAUAGUGUUGGCUGCUUUAUGUUUUAACCUCAAAUACUUUCAUGGUGUUUUGUGUAAAAGUUUAUAGUGAGACUUUUAAUAUAGAGAGUGAUGGACAACAGAAAGGAUACAGUUAGGAUAAAGGAAGAGCAGAACGUUACUUGGCCAGAUGCAGGCUACGAUAAUAUUUUUGAGUCUCUGGAUUCUUGCACGGCCGAAACUUUUGAAACAUUUCCGUUUUAUAAAUCAUCAGCAAACCCCACGAAUGAGGUCAUGGGAUUACAAAAAAAGUCGAACGAAAAAAUAUUCGUUGAUUUCGAGUGCAAAGAUGUUAAAAUUGAACAUAAGUCCGUAUCGAAAACCAUCUGCAAAAAUGAGUACGAAAGUAAUCCUCGUGUAAUGAAAAUAGAAAACGAAAAUCAGAGCAAUUACAAGAAUCGUAAGGAACUGAUAAUUUUGAUAAAAAAAGAAUUCGAUUACGAUAAAAAUCGUCAAUUUCAAGUGAAUUUCCGAUCAAAGUUUGGUGAAUAUGAAACUUUAAAAAUAGCAAGAAAAACAACUCGAUCCAAACUAUCUUACGAAAUGAGACAAAAUACUUGUAAAGUAAAACGAAGUUUUAGAACACAUCUGAAAUCGGAAAAUAAGAUAACUAGACCAUACGAAUGUACAAAAUCAUUUCGACAAAAUUGCCAUCUCAAAAAUAAUGUGAACGCAGCUGUACAUGAUCGGAGCAAACGCUUCGAAUGUGAUAUUUGUCGCAAAUCAUUUGGACAAAAAAGUGAUCUCAAUAAACAUACAAGUGCUGUUCAUGAUCAGAUCAAACCCUUCGAAUGUGACAUUUGUCACAGAUCAUUUGGACAAAACAUUACUCUCAAACGUCACAUUAAUGGAGUGCAUAGUCCUAAAAAACCUUUCAAAUGUGAGUUUUGUCGUAAAUCAUUUGAACAAAAAAGUGAUCUCAAUAAACACAUCAGUUCAGUACAUUAUCGGAGCAAACCCUUCGAAUGUGACAUUUGUCACAGAUCAUUUGGAUACAACAGUACCCUCAAACGUCACAUAAAUGGAGUACAUAGUCGGAGCAAACCCUUCGAAUGUGACAUUUGUCACAGAUCAUUUGGAUACAACAGUACUCUCAAACGUCACAUAAAUGGAGUACAUACUCGGAGCAAACCCUUUGAAUGUGAGAUUUGUCAUGAAUCAUUUAGAUAUAAGAAUGUACUCUACAGACACAUAAAUGCAUUACAUAAUCGUAGCAAAUCCUUUGAAUGUGAGAUUUGUCACAAAUCAUUUGGAUACAAGAGUGACCUUAAUAAACACAUCGAUGCAGUUCAUAAUUGUAGCAAACUCUUCGAGUGCGAUAUUUGUCAUAAAUCGUUUGGACAAAAAAGUUACAUCAAAAUUCACAUAAAGACGGUACACAAUCGUAGCAAAUCCUUCAAAUGUGCGUUAUGUCAAAAAUCAUAUGGUAGCAAGGAUAUUUUAAAAGGUCACAUAAAUGUAGCACAUAACCGUACCGAGCCCUUCGAGUGUGAUAUUUGUCACAAAUCGUAUGGAUACCAGCAUCUACUCAAAAAGCACGUGAUGAAAGAACACAUUUCUAAUAAACCCUUCGAAUGUAACAUUUGUCACAGAUCAUAUGGACUAAAACAACAUCUCAAAUCUCAUAUUAAUGAAGUUCAUUGUCGUAGCGGACACUUUGAGUGCGACAUUUGUCACAAAUCAUUCAUUUAUAAGCGUAAUCUGAGUAGUCACAUGAAUGUACAUAAUUGUAGCAAUUCCUUUGAGUGUGACAUUUGCCGAAAAUCAUUCGGAUACAAAUGUGACCUCAAAAAUCACACAAUGAUGGUACAUAUUUUGUAACAAGCCCUCUGGGCGUGAGA